AAGUAGUCAAGCAGGAUAGGCAGAAGAGAUAGUUACGUAGAAGCGUGUUAGUCAAUCUACUGACGCCGAACGGGACAACCGUUGGAAGUAUUUGAGAGAUUCGAUCAUCCUCGAUAAACGUCGUCGUUGUCGUCAUCGUUCGUCGUCGUCGUUGUUGUUAUUGUUAUUAUUGUUAUUGUUCUUUCAUUUUUCCUCGGUUGUCCUGUUAUUUUAUUCUUUCUCUUUCCAUCUUUCUUAUUCUUCUUCUUAAACUGUGUAAUACGCGAAACAGAGAGAAAAAGAAAGUAAAGAGGAUCGUAUUACUCGUCAAUUUGGAGUCUUAGAAUUUGAAAAACAAGUGGAUCCACGUGUAAGAAGACGAGAUGGUUGCGAAGGAUUCGAAAGUGGUUACAGCAGAGCUGAUGAACCCCUACGAGAAACCACCGGCUAUGUCUACUGGUCAAUCGUUGAAGACAUUCUUGUAUAAUCAUGAGAGUGGUGCUUUCAUGGGCAGGACCGUCAGUAGUUGGGGUAAAAUAGGGCUGUUCUAUUUGGUAUUUUAUGGAAUACUGGCAGCAUUGGUCGCAAUCUGUUUUUGGGGAUUCUUUCAAACUCUUGACCCAAGGAUACCUCGAUGGCAAUUAGAACGUUCUAUAAUCGGAACUAACCCAGGAUUGGGUUUCAGGCCGAUGCCACCAAUGGAAAAUGUAGAAAGCACAUUAAUUUGGUACAGUGGAACAGACAGUGAAAAUUUUAAACAUUGGGUUGACUCUCUUCAAAGCUUCUUAAAGGAAUACAUAACACCUGGCUCCAUUCCUGGGCUUGGUGCUAACAUUAACAAAUGUGAUUACAAUCAACCACCACCACCUGGAAAAGUUUGCGACGUGGAUGUAAAAAAUUGGCAUCCUUGUACAAAAGAAAAUAAAUAUAAUUAUCAUAAAUCGGCACCAUGUAUUUUUCUUAAGCUGAAUAAGAUUUAUGGCUGGAGACCGGAAUUUUACAACGACACGGAAUCCUUGCCGGAAAAAAUGCCACUUGAUUUAAAAGAACAUAUCGCAAGUUUAAAAGAUAAGAAUUCUUUAGUACUCAAUACAAUUUGGGUCUCUUGCGAGGGUGAAAAUCCUGCUGAUCAAGAGAACAUAGGACCAAUUAAUUAUUUACCACGACGAGGUUUCCCCGGUUACUUUUAUCCUUUCGAAAAUUCGGAAGGAUAUUUGAGUCCUUUGGUUGCUGUCCAUUUUGUAAGACCACGUACUGGUAUUUUAAUAAACGUGGAAUGCAAGGCAUGGGCCAAAAAUAUUAAACAUAGCCGCCACGAUAAAUUAGGUGCUGUUCACUUUGAACUAAUGAUAGAUUAAUGUUUUAAAAUGCAGAUCUUUUUUCAAUAUUUUUUAAAUAUAAAUACCUGAGCUAUCAAUUUUUAUACUUUUCAGGUUCUGCAUAGAACCUGACAAUAUGUAUUUCACCUUUAAUAAAUUAUUAUGUGCCUCUAAGCAUUUUUUACCAAGUAAACUGCGUAGAAGGUACUUAGAGUAAAAAUAAAAUGUUCUGGGAAUAAUUGUCCCACCUGAAAUUUGAUCCUGAUUAAUUUUUUUUUUUUCCAAUAGAUUCUUUUAUUAUAUCGGUCAAUGAAACGGAAAUAUAUCUUAGAGUUUUCUAAAAUUAUAUAAUAAAAACAAUAAUUGGAAUAAAAAAAAAUAGUUUUGUAUCAUAAUUAAUAUCUGAAUAAUUUUUAUAUAAAAUAAUAAGAUGUAUGAAGGAAUAGUGACAAGCAUGAUAUAAUUGAAAAAAAUUAUAUAAUUUAUAUUAAAGGUAUUACGUGCUUUUUUUUUUAUGUAGCAAGUGAAUAAGAGUUGUAAAUUAAAAAAUAACAUUAAUUGUGUACAAUUCUCAAUUGUAAUUAAGUUUUUAUAAUAUAUAAAAUCUCUCCAUUUAUGUUUCUAUUUCAGCUAAUUUAUAUGAUCAUUUUUGAAAAGCUCAGAUUUUUUGUAUAAUAUUAUUGUACAUUUUGAGGGGAACAGAUCUGCAUUUGAUUAUACACACACAUAUAUAUACAUAUACAUAUGUAUAUAUAUGUGUACACACACACACAUUAUGUUUAAGUAUUAAAUGUAAUUAAGUGUUAAUGACAAAAUAAUUACAAGAAAAACAAAAAACGAAACAAAAAAAAAAAAGACAAACUGUACUCUCGUUAGUGUAAAUUUAUAAGAUUUUUGCACGUUCUAUAGAUAAUAUUGAUGUGUUUUAUUAUUAAAAUGCACACGAAGUUUUUCAGUGAAAAACUUAUGCUUUUUCAGGAAAGAUUGUUGCACUUGCAAAAAAAUCCGCGGGGCGAUUCUUACUUAGGUAGCGUUAUUUUCUUUCUUUCUUUCUUUUUUUUUUUUUUUUGAUCAAAAA